AUGGCAGCAGCAUCGCAUUCAGGAAUGGCAUCAUUGCCAACGUAUUUCUUCACAUUCGGUGAUUCAUACAGCAUGACUAGUUUCAAUGUUUCCGGUGAACAAGCAACGCCUCAAAAUCCGAUGGGAAACCCCGAAUUGGGAACCGGUACAACAGGAGGAGGCAUCAACUGGAUAGGAGACCUGACGACCGCAGAUAAUGCGUCACUCGUUUUGAGCUAUAACCUCGCAGUCGGAGGUGCGACUAUCGACAAUAAUAUUAUCAAUGCCGGAGUUGAAGAUAUGGCUUCGCAAGUCGCGACAUUUUUGUCCGUCUAUGGCGAUAGGCCAGGGAUCGCACCAUGGGGCUCAGAUGACACAGUUUUCGGUUUUUGGAUUGGCAUUAAUGACGUCGGCUGGGCUUAUUCCAGCCUGAAUGCUAGUGUUUUAGUACCGGAACUCAUGGCCGUGUACAAAUCGCUCGUGGAGCAGAUAUACGCCAAAGGCGGACGGAAGUUUCUAUUUUUGAAUGUCCCACCUACUGGUCGUAGUCCCUAUAUCUUGGAUCAAGGGAUAUCGGCAUCACUAGCUCAUGCGUCGUGGCUAUCGGUAUAUAACGAGCAUCUGAAGUUGAUGGUGCAAGUGUUUCAAAAUGAGCAUCCAGAUAUACGAACCGUCAUCUACGAUUCCUGGAGUUUCAUGACGGGCGUUUUGAAUGAUCCGCACAAAUACGGAUAUCCGAAUAAUACCUGCAUAGACGAUGACGGAACGACCUGUGUUUGGUGGAAUAAGUAUCAUCCUGGUCUGAAGUAUCAUGCUCUGCAGGCGAAGGACAUGAAAAAAUAUCUUCAUCCAUUUAAAGCUUGGUAG